CGCUACUAGAGUCGUUGCUUGCUUUCUGUGUGUGCUCUGUGUAUAUUCUUCUAAUUCUGCUACGAUGGGAUAUGUCCCCCAACACGCGCUCGACAAUCUCAAGAAGUACUCCUACAAGGGCGUAGACAAAUCGCUUGUGUCGCGCUAUGUCCUCCAGCCGUUCUGGGCCUGGUUCGUCACCCUCUGGCCAACUUCGGUCGCGCCCAACACCAUCACCUUAACGGGCCUAUCGCUCGUGCUCGCAAAUUUUGCUACACUCCUAUACUACGACCCCAAAUAUCUUACGGAGAAGGAUGGUGCAGAAGGCCCUCCGAAUUGGAUAUACUUUACAUGGGCGGCCGGCCUUUUCUUGUAUCAAACCCUAGAUGCUAUAGACGGCAAGCAAGCACGGCGGACGGGCAUGGCAGGGCCCCUAGGCGAGAUGUUCGAUCACGGCUGCGAUGCACUAAACACGACCCUCGAGGUUGUGCUAGCCUGCCGUGCACUCAAUCUUGGACGGUCAUGGUGGACUGUAGCCUCCCAGGUCGCCACUCUCGCCAACUUCUACCUCACGACUUGGGAAGAGUACCACACGGGCCAGCUGUUCUUGGGUGUCUUUUCGGGACCCGUGGAAGGCAUUCUGUCCGUCGUGCUGCUUUACACGAUUACGGGGUUCACUGGUCCUCAAUUCUGGGAUACCGAAUUCCUCGCGCUCACUAGACUAGACCGGUACCCUAUCGUGCUGCAGUACAUCCCCAGGCUCGGCCUGAACGACGCCUUCAUGGUCUUCGGCGGCUUCGGCAUGGCCUUCAACAUUUUCACCAGCUGCAUCAACGUCUGGACCGCGCGCACCGCGUCCGGCAAGGGCCCGCUGUCCCCCCUGCUCUUCCUGCUCCCGUUCCCGGUGUCCGUCGCGCUCGAGGUCGCGUGGCUGAGCGCGCCGGCGUUCGACGACUCGCGCAUCCUGCACUCCGCGCUGUUCGUGCCGUUCCUGUGCGCGUGGGGCCUGCAGUUCGCGCACCAGGUCUCGCGCAUCAUCCUCGCGCACGUCACGCGCCAGCCGUUCCCGUGGUGGGACGCGAUGUGGGUGUGGAGCAUCGUCGGCGCGGUCGACGCGAACCUGCCGCGGCUCAUCGGCUACCCGCCGCUGAUCCAGAGCACGCUGCCGCGCACGGCGCUGUUCGUGUACGUGACGCUCGCGGUGACGUUCGUGUCGUACGCGCGGUUCUGCUACCUCGUGAUCAACGACAUCACGGAGUACCUCGGCAUCGCGUGCUUCACCGUGCGCAAGAAAGACCGCUCGGGCGAGUGGGUCGGCGCGGCGGAGGUGAACGGGGGCAAGAACCAGUAGGCGCUGAACUGGAAGCUGGGGAGGGAGGUGCGGGUGAUAUACGGGAGGGAGGAGGGAGGCGGCGGUAGGACGGAGGGCGGAAGGAAAAAGGAAACCACGAUUCACGGCUUGACGAACUAAUGACUAGGAACAUGCGUCGGCGCUCCAAGAUGCUGCAAGUAUACACUGUGAAAAGAUAUCCUAGCUACCUGACCGUGCUAGUAAAUACAGGAUUUCAAAAUCUCCGUAGCUCACCGCGCGUUGAGA